GUGACCGCAGGAGCGGUCGUUUCGGGGGCUGAGGCCGGCUCGUCUGACCUAGGGCUCCGGAGCGCUUGUUUGGGUUGGGGUGGCGAGAGUGGGCAGGCGCGGGAGGUGGCCGGCGUUGGGGUCUGCGGCUCCGCAGCGGCCCAGUUCCAGUCGGGGCCGGGGAUGUCCGGAGCCCGUCCUGGUCCUCGUCUCUGGACCCCGCGGCGCCCCCAGAGUCCGAAGGCGGCGGCCGCGCUCAGGGGCCGGGCUCAGGGCCAUGUGUCCUUUGAGGAUGUGGCUGUUCACUUCUCCUGGGAGGAGUGGGGGCUCCUUGAUGAGGCUCAGAGACGCCUGUACUGCGACGUGAUGCUGGAGAACUUUGCACUGACGGUCUCCCUGGGACUUGCAUCUUCCAGGACCCAUGGAAUGACCCGCUUGGAGCAGUGGGGAGAGCCCUUCCCACUUGCCCGUGGAGUCAUGCCUGCAGCCAUGCCAAGAGGUUGUUGGCAUGCAGUGACGGUUGAGGCGGCCCCUUCUGAGCAGUGUGUUUAUGUAGAGGGAAUGCUCAGAGAAAACCUUCACCACCGCUACAACCAGCCCUAUGGAGAGACAACCUUAAGAGAAGAGGCAGAGGAGGGUGACAAGGACUUCCCUAACAGCUCUGGGCUUCUCAACAAACAGAGCAGAGGGGAGCCACACAGGACUACCAAAAGUGGGGAGGCCUCUCAUCCUGGAAAAAGGCAUUACAAAUGUGGCGAAUGUGGGAAAGCCUUUGGUCAGAAAUACUUACUUGUUCAGCACCAGAGACUACACACUGGAGAGAAGCCUUAUGAAUGCAGUGAAUGUGGGAAAUUAUUUAGCCAUAAAUCCAACCUUUUUAUACACCAAAUAGUUCACACUGGAGAAAGGCCUUAUGGGUGUAGUGAAUGUGGAAAAUCCUUUAGUCGCAAUGCUGACCUUGUUCAACACCACAGAGUCCACACUGGAGAAAAGCCAUUUACAUGCAGUGAAUGUGGAAAAGCCUUCAGGCAUAAUUCUACACUUGUUCAGCAUCACAGAAUCCAUACUGGAGUAAGGCCUUAUGAAUGCAAUGAAUGUGGGAAAUUCUUUAGCUUUAACUCAAGUCUCAUAAAACACCAGAGAGCUCACACUGGAGAAAGACCUUAUAAGUGCAGUGAAUGUGGGAAAUUCUAUAGCCACAGGUCAAGCCUUAUUAAUCAUUGGAGAGUGCACACUGGAGAAAGGCCUUAUGAGUGCAGUGAAUGUGGGAAAUUUUUUAGCCAAAGUUCUAGCCUCAUGCAACACCGAAAAGUUCACACUGGAGAAAAGCCUUUUAAGUGCAAUGAAUGUGGAAGAUUCUUCAGUGAGAAUUCCAGUCUUGUUAAACAUCAGAGGGUUCACACUGGUGCAAGACCUUAUGAGUGCAGGGAAUGUGGGAAUUUUUUUCGCCACAGCUCGAGCCUUGUUAAACAUCGAAGGAUUCACACUGGAGAGAUGCCUUAUGAGUGCAGCCAUUGUGGGAAAUCCUUUAGCCAGCGUUUCAACCUCACUCAACACCAGAAAGUUCACAGUGGAGAAAAGUCUUGAAUGCAGCUAACUUGGAAAAGUCUUUACCAAAGCUGUGCUCUGAUUCAGCAACAAAACCUUCACAACCUUGUUAGGCCUUAAGAAGUGAUCAUGAAGAAAGGCUUCAGCCAAAGGCUUAGCCUUGUUGGGCACCAGAAAGUUCAGACUGAGAAAAGCCUUAGGAGUGCAGGGCAUGUGCUGUCAUCCUAAAUUAAAUUAAUCUAACUUAAAACUCUGAAAGUAGCCUUUAUGAAGGAGUCAGCAGUUGAACUUCAUUCAUUCAAAUAUGCACACUGGGGGCAGGAAGAGAAUUGCUGACAUAGUGCCCCUCCUGAGAAGAUAGCCCUGUGUUGGAGCUCCAGGGAGAAAGAGCCCUGCAUUCUUUGCUGUAUGGGUCUGGAGUGGAGUUUUCAUUUCUCUUCAGUUUGGAGGGAGGAAACAGGGAGUGGUCUUGGUUCAAAUGCAACUGUCUCUUGCUGUUAUUACUGAAUAUUAGAUCUUCUUGAGUAAAUAUUUGUAUUUGCUGUAUACCUGUAGGACCAUUUCCAGAGACUUUGAAUUGUGUUUUUUAAAUUUUUACCAAUAUUAGUGGGAAGCAGACCUGCAAAGCUCCUCACAGUAAUGCUGGAAGUUGAGCCUAAUUAACUUUUUAAAAACUUGCCAAAUACACUCUAAAAUGGGUAUAAUAUUUCACUUUUGCUCUUGAAGCAUAUUAGAUUUCCAGUUUCUUCAUUUCCCUGCUGACCUUUGUAAGACAUGAGCUAUUCAUGUUAGCCAUUCCAGUAGGUGUUGUAAAGUAUUUCAUGGUGGUUUUAAUUUGCAUUUCCCUAAUGACUCACUGUUGAGCAUUUUUGUGUGCGUUUGUGAUCCAUAUAUCUUCUUUUGGUGAAUUUUGUGUUCAUAUUUUUUGCCUACUUUUAGAAAAAUUAGUUUCUUAUUGGUUUUGUGAUAUGUUAGCACAUUCUGGAUACAAAUUCCUUAUUUGAUACGUAUUUUAUCAAUAUUUUCUCAUAGUCUAUAGCUUUGGUUCUCAGUUCUUAACACUCUCAUAGAGCAGAAUUUAUUAAUUUUCAUGAAGUCCAAUUUAUCUGCUUGUUCUUUGCAUAUUUGGUACUGUUAUUUUUUUCUCUUACAGUACUGUAUCUUUGCCUGUAAAUAAAUGUCUUAUCUGAGUAUCCUAUCGGAAUCCAAUGAAUCCUUUUAAAUAUCCAGGCUUGUGAAGUCUUUGCAGAUUUAAAUAUAAAGAACUCAAUAUAUUUAGACAUACUUAAAUAUAUACAUACCCCCUAUCUCUUCUGAGACGGCCUAGGAAGCAAUGGGAUUCCAGUAGCCAUGAGCAUAUUUAUGCCCAAAUAUUGGCUUAUUAAAAACAGUUACAAAAAAAGAACUUAUUGCAUUCCUAUAUACUAACAAAAAAUUAG